AUGUUCUUCAACAAGUCCUCCAUCCUGGCCGCUACUCUGGCCAUUUUCGCCUCUGGCGUCGCCAGCCAAAUCAUCGAGAUCGAAUACGGAUCCAGUGCAUCCGAGACCAACCAACAGAAGGUUGAAUUGCAGCAGCUUACUGGAUUGGAUCGCCCCGGCGAUUACUCCUACUUCUCCUCUACUGCUACCUGUGAUCUGUACGACAGUCCCGAAGACGACCCGGUUCUCAGGGGAGUUAGUGGUAGUCGUGAGAUUCCUGCGACGUAUAUCGAUGGUGUGUAUUGCUAUACUGGGCAGGACCAGGAGCCGUAG